AUGGCUCAUGAAAUUCUAGCAUCGCGAGUUUUUGAAUGGUUGAACUUGGAUCAGACUGAUGGUGCGUCUGAAGCUGAGGCUGGCGAGACUGGAGAACAGCCCCGCAAUGAAGAUGACUUGGACUCUACGGCGGUUGUGGUGGACCUAGAGGUCACUGGCCCCAUGAUAGAUACAGGGUACUCAUUAGAGGACAUUUUACAAUUUGGAAGCCUCGCAGGUAGUGAGGUUCCCGAGAAAAUUUCACUACCUGAUUCGCAGUCCGGCUACUCGUCAACUUCAAAGGUGAGCAGCCAAGACAGCAAGGAGAUUGAGCCAUCACUGGAUGCACUCCAGCAAUUUGACACAAUAGUCCCCGCUACUGUCCAGCUACUAUUGUCUCAGGACUUGGAAUCGUGCCAAUCAGACCGCAGGGAGAGAGAACAGACACCCCCGUCUCUCACACACAUAUAUGAAUACAUUAUUGAAAACGUGAGCGAUGCAUUGAGUCACAUCGAGAAUGGAAAACCACCGCCUCUCUCACACACAUAUGAAGAAAUUAUUGAGAACGCGGGCAAUGCAUUGAGUCACAUUCAGAAUGGGAACUUGAAGGCAAAGUCUCGCCACGAAAAGGCCUCGAUCGUUUUUUACGAUAAUCUCCAUGACGGUUCGGUUUAUUCAGAGUCCAUCGAGAAUAUCCAGGAGCUUCCAUCUUUGGGCAAUAGGUCUGAUCUACGACAGCGAUUGAUCGUAGUGGAAGACCUCUCUAAGUUAACGAUAGCUACUCUGGGGAAUCAAUUCAAAAUAAAUCCUAGAUUCUUUGAGGAGCAUCUGCUUAAUUCGGGGUAUUCGGGAUCUCAUUUUAACCAGUCAUCAUCCAAAACAUGGAGUACUGCAUCAUUACAGAAGUCAUAUGUCUGUAUGAAGUGGUUUCGACCUGUUUGGCAAACGCCGACAUACUUUUCCAAUCGGGAUCUCCAUGAUCUUCUCAAAGAUAAGACGGAGCAUUUUACACAUCGCGGAGCAUUGACUACAAGAGCGGAGACCAAUAUUUUCCGUUCUGAAUGGGAUCUGUGGACGGACCCAGAAAAGACGACAAGAGUAAGGAGAGAGUGUGGUUGGGAGGAGAAAGUAUCAAUUUGGAGUGGGAGUGCCCCCAGUCCAUGUCUGAAUUGCCAGGUUGUGAUCAUUCUUUUGGAUCCUUUACCUCAGAUAAGUGAACAGGAACGAUUCUUUAAGAAAGAAUCGCUGUAUGAGGCAGGCAAUCCCGAUGAGACCUCGGCUCUUUUUCCAGACAUACCGGAAAACGAAAGACUUGAUAUCUUUGUGGAUGGUAUCACUGGUAUAUUUAGGAGAAACGAGGAUGACCUUCCACGGCGCAUAAAUGAAAGCAGCAAGCUUUUUGAUCUAUGGAAAUGUUAUCUUAUGCGCCAAUCAAUUGAAAAACACGUCGACCAUGAGCCAGUUUAUAGGUGUAUCAUCGAGCAGAUGGCCCCUCGAAAGAAUGUACAAGUUGACCUGGAUCAAAUAUUCCAAGAAAAAGGUCCAACCGUCAAUUUUGGCACAUCUUUGACCGAGACUAAAUCGACACGAGAUGAGUUCUGCGAAGCAUUGGACUACAAUAUGAGUAGUCAUAUUAGCCUGGUCUUUCCGUUGCUCAAAAUUCUCUGUCGGGACACCUUCGCCCUUCUGCAACAAUUGCGCCAUACACUGGAUGAGAUUGAUAUUGAAAUUUUGAACGAUGAACGGAUGGAAGACCGCCUAGCUUUGUGGCGCCAAAUUAUUGGUGAGCUCCCAGAACUCGCUACAUCUAUUAUGCCAUUUGUUGCUUUCAUGGCCAAGAUUGAUCCUGAUGGGGUUUAUGAGGAGGGCCAGAAAAAUGACCCGGAUGGGAAAUUAGACUUGAAAAGAUUGCUGAAGGAUAUAAAAAGGACGAGAGAUCGAUUGCGCGGCACUUCAGCCUCUUUGACAUCUAACAUGAGCCUGCUUGAUAGUCGAAGAUCCAUUGAUAAGGUCCAUGCCGUGACAAGACUUACCGAGCUGGCUUUUAUCUUCAUCCCUCUCUCAUUUGCAGCAUCUGUCUUUGGGAUGCAAAUAAAACCCCUUGCUAAUCCAGUCCCUAUCUGGUGGUUCUUUGUGGUGGCCGUGGUGGCAACAGGCCGCUCAUACAUGAUGCGGAUUGUCAUGAGAAGUCAAUGGUUUGCACAUAUGAAGAUAGGGAUGAAGGCCGAUAUCAAGAAAUAUGCUGAUAAGCAUGGCAAGCCUGUCCAGUCUCGAUCACUCGCCGUCAGUCUCAUUAUUCAAUGGGGUAUCAGCUCAUUGUUUUUCAGUGCGUUUCUGUCCGGCAAAUGGGCUAUCCGAACUGCAUGGAUAGGAUCGAAUUGGAUCUACAUGCAAAUGCGACCCGUGGCUAGCUUCUUCCUGCCUAUAGGAAUAAUUGUCGCGGUACCGAUAGGAAUUCUCAAGACUCAUCAUCUCAGUCCUGGCCUUCAAACUGCGGUGAGUCUAGGCAUGGUUCUGGCAAUAAUUUUCACUUUGGGAACUGUUCUUUCACUGGAUCCACCCGAUAGAAGAACACUCUGGACAGAAUUAUUUCGUCGAGUGCACACAAAUCAUGAGGAACAAUUUGACCCUUCACGUAACAGGCUAAGACGACGUGUACGUGCGCCUCCUCGAUGGCUUGGGAACUGCCUACUUUGGUUAAUUCCGCUGGUGACAGUACUUGUGAUCCCAAUGGCUUUGUUGUGGACUCGAUCCAUAGCCAUGGACAUCAAAGUGGGCGUAACUCUGGGUAUCUGCGUGCUAGUCUUUUUUGCUAUGAUAUAUUUGGUCUUGCAGCGGUUGCAUCAGCGGGUGGUUUGGAGCUUGCCUCGGCGGGGAAGUGUCUCUAGUAGUAGUACUACCAGCACUUGA